CCUCCCCUCUCAGCCUCUCUCUGCUUUCUUGGACUGCAGCAGAGAAACCGCUGCAUCGAAGAAGACAAGAAAAGAAGAAAUCUCGGCGCGAUGCCUACUACCUCCGCUGCCGUGUAGAGGAGGAAACCGGGGAGCGCCCGCUUGAUCGAGCGCAUCGGUGAAAUGAAUGUGAUCCUUUGUGGACUGCUGAUGGUUUCUUCUACUGAGCCCUGACAGCACUUAGGAUCCUUCCAAUUUGAGAUCAACUGUCUCCAUUUCAGCUCUGUCUGGUUACUCCCAUCCAAUGGAAUUAGAUAUCAUUACUUAAUCAUUAGUUGCCUGGCAGCCAGUUGGCUUUUUAGUGCUGAAAAACUGCCUUAGCUCUCACUCAGUCUGAGAAGAAAAAAGCAGGAGAGAAUAAAAAUAGGUAGCUUACAUUUGUUGCACCUGGUGGAAUAAAAGAGCAGUAGAGCUGAGAUAACUGACAUUUAGUUCCAGCUUUCCUUGUGCCAAGAUGGAUGAAACGCAAAACAACAGGACUUCCCUGGUUAAAGGUGCCAAGGACAUUGCUAAAGAAGCCAAGAGGCAAGCUUCCAAAAAUUUCAGCAAAGCUGCUGAUCGUGCCUCAGAUGAAUACUCAGCCCAUCGCAGCUACAACCGCUUCCAGAAUGAGGAUGAAGAAGAAAACAACUACAACAGUUACACUCAGCAAGAUGGUCACUAUGCCGGCAAUGCAGCCAACGACGAGGACGGGGCCUCCAGCGAUGCCACGGAGGGCCACGACGACGAAGACGAGAUCUACGAGGGGGAGUACCAAGGUGUGCCUGCCUACAAUGAUGGGAAACCGCGGGAGGGACAGGUGGCUCUGGGCCAGCCGGUCUCCGACAGCCUAAAGAGCCGCAAGGAGCUGGAAAAUGAGAGACAGGCAGAUGAGGAGGAGCUGGCCCAGCAGUACGAGCUGAUCAUGCAGGAGUGUGGCCACGGGAGAUUCCAGUGGCAGCUGUUCUUUGUACUCGGCCUGGCGCUCAUGUCGGACGGCGUGGAGGUGUUUGUAGUGGGCUUUGUCCUGCCAAGUGCUGAAACAGACAUGUGUGUCCCCAACUCUGGUGCCGGAUGGCUUGGCAGCAUUGUGUAUCUGGGGAUGAUGUUCGGAGCCUUUUUUUGGGGCGGCCUGUCAGACAAGGUGGGCCGCAGACAGUGCCUGCUCAUAUCCAUGUCUGUCAACGGCUUCUUCGCCUUCCUUUCCUCCUUUGUCCAAGGCUACAGUAUGUUCCUCUUCUGCCGCAUGGUGUCUGGCUUCGGGAUUGGUGGAGCGGUGCCCAUAGUUUUCUCCUACUUUGCGGAGGUGUUGGCUCGGGAGAAGAGAGGAGAGCAUCUGAGCUGGCUGUGCAUGUUCUGGAUGAUUGGAGGAAUUUAUGCCUCAGCCAUGGCCUGGGCCAUCAUCCCACACUACGGCUGGAGUUUCAGCAUGGGAUCAGCCUACCAGUUCCACAGCUGGCGAGUGUUUGUGGUGGUGUGUGCGCUGCCGUGUGUCUCUGCAGUGGUAGCGCUCACUUUUAUGCCUGAGAGCCCACGCUUCUACCUGGAGAUGGGUAAACAUGACGAGGCCUGGAUGGUGCUCAAACAAAUCCAUGACACCAACAUGCGCGCCCGAGGCGAGCCGGAGAGAGUGUUCACUGUGAACCGCAUAAAGAUCCCCAAACAGCUGGAUGAGCUGGUGGAGAUGCAGAAUGAGUCAGCCAACCCCGUGCUCAAGGUCCUCUUCAAGAUCAAGGCUGAGCUCAGAGGAAUCUGGUUGACUUUCAUGAGAUGUUUCAACUACCCAGUGAAAGACAACACUGUGAAACUGGCUGCAGUCUGGUUUACUCUGUCUUUUGGAUACUACGGACUGUCUGUGUGGUUCCCUGACGUCAUUAAGCACCUCCAGGCCGAUGAGUACGCCUCCAGAGUGAAGAUUCACAACGACGAGCGCAUUGAGGACUUCACCUUCAACUUCACCCUGGAGAACCAGAUCCACAGAAAUGGAGUCUUUCUGAAUGACAGGUUUAUCAGUAUGAAGUUCAAGGCAGUCACAUUCAUCAACUCAUCUUUCCUCAACUGCUACUUUGAAGAUGUCUCCUCAGUGGGGUCCUUCUUCAAAAACUGCACCUUUGUAGAUUCCUUCCUUUACAACACAGAUAUUGACGACUCCAAGCUAAUAAAUUCGAGUUUGAUCAACAGUUCCUUCCACCACAACAAAACAGGCUGUCAGAUGACAUUCGACGAUGAUUACAGCGCCUACUGGGUCUAUUUCGUUAACUUCCUGGGAACGUUGGCUGUGCUGCCUGGGAACAUCGUCUCUGCUCUCCUCAUGGAUAAAAUAGGACGUCUUAGCAUGUUAGGAGGCUCCAUGGUGCUGUCAGGCAUCAGCUGCUUCUUCCUUUGGUUCGGCACCAGUGAGUCCAUGAUGAUCUUCAUGCUGUGUCUCUACAAUGGCCUCAGUAUCUCUGCCUGGAACUCCCUGGAUGUGGUCACCACUGAGCUGUACCCAACAGACAGGAGGGGCACAGGAUUUGGCUUCUGUAACGCCAUGUGUAAGCUGGCAGCAGUGCUGGGCAACCUGAUCUUUGGCUCGCUGGUUGGCAUCACGAAGGCUAUUCCCAUCCUGUUGGCAUCAUCCGUGCUGGUUGGCGGCGGGCUGGUGGGGCUCCGACUGCCAGACACACGUGCCAAUGUCCUCAUGUAAACCUCAGUACAGAGCAGUAUGCUGUUUACCAGGUAUUUACUCAGUGUGCUGAAUAAUGGAAUAUAAUUUAUUAGAAUAUCACAGAAACAACCAUUGCUGUCAUCUUUCUUGUAUUAUUUAUUUGGUAAAUAAUGCUGAAUAUGUCCACAAACUCAAACACAUGAUAGGCUGUUAUUGCAAUUCUGUUAGUUCUGAGUUAAAUACCUGGUAAAUUUGAUAGUGAAAGGCAGUUUUGAGAGCUGUAGAUGUACAGAAGAGCAUAAUUUGGGAUAUCAAAUGCACCACAGCUGUCUGUAUUCUUGCAGGAAUUCAAAGGGAAAAAAAACUACUUGAAAGUAACAAGCUGAUCAGUGGCGAUAACACUGUAUAUCAACAGCUCAUUAACUACCAUGGGCUGCUUCACACAUGCAACCCACAAAUGCAUGUGCCAAAGCAGCAAAAGGCUUGGACUUCAAACAACCUUAUCUUUCCAAAUCCCACUCAGUCUUCCUUAGAUUAAAGAAACAGUUUGACAUUUUUGGGAAUAUUCAAAGCUACCACUUCCUCAAGCAGUCAGCUUAGCGUAAACACAGACUGUAUAUAAAAGAUGAACAGUGGUUUGUGGAUUACCAUUUUGAAGCCUUGAGUUUGGAACUUUCCCAUGGCCACCUUGGUCUUUUGAAACCGAACUUAACCAACAAGAUGUGGAAUGUAACCUUCAAAUACACCCCCAAGUAGUUGCCUAUUUUAUUCCAAAUGGGGCUAACAUUUACAAAAUGAACAUCGUGUUGUGUUAAGGACUUGAAACUAUGAUUUGAGACCAUAUAGUAAUAAGGAAAAAGUUCACUGAUGUAGCAAAUUAAAUGUGAAGUGGACUCAUUUUCUCAUAGGCCUCUUAGUAGUGUCCGAGCACCAAAGGUGCGAAGACCCUCUUGGAAUGCUAGAGUUUUUUAUUAUUCUUCGCCUGUCAGAACGACUGCAUUUUUGAGGGCCUAAAUAUGCUCAAAAAGUCAUGAAAAUUUGCACACACAUCAGAACUGGCGAAAAAUUUUUAGAUUUUAUAGGAAUUGUGGAGGUGUGUGGCAAAAUGGCUCCAUAGCGCCCCCUACACUUUCCCACGGACAGCACCUACAGCUACCAAAUUUGGUACACAUAUGCAACACAUCAGGCUGAACAAAAAAGUCAGUGACAGCCAUAUUCCAAACCCAACAGGAAGUGAGCUAUUUGGCGUUGAUUGUCAGAUUUUGGCCAUUUUUGAUUAUUUUCUAGAGCGAACUCCUCCUAGGGGGAAACUCCAACUCACCUCAAAUUCGGCCAGUACAUACAGCAGGCAUUGGUGAGCAAAAGUUAUUAAAAGGUUCCUCAAAGGUCAAAGGAUGUGGCCGUGGUGGCCUCUGGAAUUUUUAUCCUUUGCCAUGAAGCAUCAGUUGCUGUGUAAAUACCCUGAACAUGCUCCAAUCUGCCUGAAACUUUACAUGUAUGAUCAGAGUCCUUCACAGUCAUAGCGCCAGGAAAUGUCAUUUUUUACACUUUGAUGUACUAUUCAUAGCCUGUUGCAAAGAUCCACCUGAAAUGUGGUAAAAUAAGCCUAAAGACUGCUGUAACAAUGUAAAUUUCCCCUGGAGUGGGGAGAAAUAAAGAACUUUAUCUUAUCUUUAUCUUUAAGACGUUGAUGAUGAUUCCCAGUGAAAAUGGUGACUUGUCAUUAAAAAGCGAGUCUGUGGUGGCGCGGCGAAUUUUGAUGUCUCGCCUUGACUACUGAAAUGUUUAUAUCUCAGCUAAUCCUGAUCCAAUCUGCCCCAAACUUCAUGUGCUGGACACCAGGCCCAGUCUGAAGACGUCCACACUCAAAAAUUAAGAAACAGUCAUAGCGUCACCUAUUGGUAACAAGAAGUUUAGACAUUACAUUUGCACGCACCGUUGCUCCAAAUUUUGUCAUAUCAUUCUGAAAAUUGGUCAGCUGACUCUUCACCCCUUGACAAUGCCACAGUAUGAAGAUUUUGACUUUACAUACAACGCUGUUGCCGUGACAACACGUUGUUGCUGUGACAAACAAAGCAUGUUUUGACAGGUUUAAAAUGCUCAAAACCUCCCCAAAAUUACCACACACAUCACCGACGACCCAAGGAAGGACACUGUAUGCAUCUCAGCAGGGCAUGUGCUAUAGUGCCCUCUGCAAUAUUUUUUAAAAAACAGCCCCCACAGCACGUUUAAUCUACAUCAUGAAAUUUGGUAGGCACAUAGAGCACAUCAGGACACACAAAAAGCCUCUUGGACCCAUACGCUAAACCCAACAGGAAGUCCGUCAUUUUGAAUUAAUUGGACAAAUUUUGCCAAUUUUUUAAACAUUUGAGAACAAACUCCUCAUAGGGGGUAAUGCCUAGAGACUUCAAAUUUGGCCAGUAUAUACAACAUGACAUAAUGAUCAAAAGUUAUCAAAAGGUUCCUCCAAAGUCAAAGGCUGUGGCCAUGGCAGCCUCCAGAAUUUUGAUGCUUCGCCAUGAAACAUCAACUGCUGUGUAAUUAUCCUCUGCAUGCUCCAAUCCUGCCUCAAGCUUUACAUGUUUAAUCACAGUCCUGCCCUGAUCACAUUCAUAUGGCAAAAUACAUUCACAGCAUGUGCUAUAGUGCCCACUGCAGGAUUUUAAAAAAUAGCACCCUCAGCAAGUUUAACCUAUGACUACAAAAUUUGACAUGCAUAUGUAGCAUGUCAGUGCAAACAAAAAGGUCCUUUGGACCCAUCCUCUAAACCCAACAGGAAGUCCACCAUUUUGAAUUAAACAUCAGAUUUCUGGUGUUUUUGGUCAUUUUCAGCAAUUAAUUCCUCACAGGCACUAACUCCAAAACACCUGAAAUUGGGACAAUAUGUACAACACACCUUCAGGUUGAAUAUUUGUGAAAAUUGUACACAAAAGUCAAAGGGUGUGGCUAAGGCAGUCGACUGCUUUGAUGCUUCACCGUGAAGCAGGAACUCUUGUGUAAAUCCCCUGUACAUGCUGCAAUCUGCCUCAGACUUUACAUGUGUGAUCAGAGUCCCAUCCAUCCAUCCAUUAUCUAUACACCGCUUAUUCCUCACUAGGGUCGCGGGGGGUGCUGGAGCCUAUCCCAGCUGACUCGGGCGAAGGCAGGGGACACCCUAGACAGGUCACCAGUCUGUCGCAGGGCUACAUAUAUAGACAAACAAUCACUCACACAUUCACACCUACGGGCAAUUUAGAAUAAUCAAUUAACCUCAGCAUAUUUUUGGACUGUGGGAGGAAGCCGGAGUACCCGGAGAAAACCCACGCAUGCACAGGGAGAACAUGCAAACUCCAUGCAGAAAGAUCCCAGGAAAGCCGGGACGCGAACCAGGGACCUUCUCGCUGCAAGGCAAAAGUGCUAACCACUACGCCACUGUGCAGCCCUGAUCAGAGUCCCAUCCGGAUGAAUUCCAUAGACCAAUAUACAGUCACAGUGAUAGCACCACCUGCUGGAUGGACAGGAAAUGCUGCAUGAAUAGCCUGUACAUGGUCCAAUCUGCCUGAAAUUUAACAUAUGUGCUCAGAAUCUAGCCCUCAUCACAUUCAUGGGCCAAAAUACACACUCAGUCGCAGCAUUGGCUGAUGGACAUGCUUGGGGUUGCCGAUCAGCAAGGAUGCGAGGACCUGUUCAACGCUGCUUGCAGCUUUAAUUCUUUUUGCAACCAGAGGAGUUGCCCCCUGCUGGCUGUUGAAAAGAAUACAGACUUAGGGUGCUUCGCAGGCUACAUUCAUCUUUAAUAUACACUCUAUGAACUGGAAGUAAAGGGUGGAGCUAGCUUGACUAAAUCCUUAAAGGUACAGCCAACACCUCUAAAACUCACUAAUUAACAUGUAUCUUGUUUGCUAAAUAUGUGCAAAAUUGAAAGUGUAAAAUGACAUGUUUUAUGGGGCUCAUGUUCUGUAUUCAUCCUUAAUCAGGCACAGUAAUUUGCAAAAAAUGACACUUCAUUGUGUUGUUUUUAUAUUUGGAUUCGUGCAUGGAUUAAGCAAACAAGAUACAUUAUGUUUACAUGGACUUGAAUAUCCUGGUUAUGAUUGGGUUUUUGUGUUUGUGCAUGUAAACAUCCUAUCCCAAUUUCAGAAACCUGCAUAAGACAUUAGCUGUGCUUUGAGAAACCUGACUGUGCUUGGUGGAGUACUCUGGCAUACUAUUCCAUAUAGAUCUUAUCCUGGUAUCUGACUACUGCAAACUACCUACACAGGCGUGACUACAGCCAGGUGACAUAAUGAAUAUUGUCCACAACUGCUCAUUUUGGACAACACUAUGUCCAGAACAGAACCAACACUUGUUCAGUUUUUUCCUCUGGUGUCUUAAAUGAUUCAACUGUGUCACAGUAGUAAAAGUAGUAAAAGAAUCGGAAAUACAAAUAUUUUCUAAACUUGGGGUCACUGAGCCCCAUCAUGACAACCCCAUCCCACCGGUCAUGGCUGCCUAUCUUUGUCUAACACUCCUUUAUCAUGUGAGGUGACAGUUAAAUCCUGACAUCAGUCAACGAGGAGGUACAAAUCUGUAAUGCAGUCGUGGCAUUAAAUAGUGCUAAGUCUGGCAUUAGCCAAAAGGGCCUUGUUUUCAGUAGCCACAGUCAAAUUUCUUUAAAGUUAGGCAAACAGGUCCAGAAAAGUCAUGUUAAAUUGCCAGUUUGACUUGUAAACAUUACAAGUGACUGCACAAACAGCACUCAGUAAUCAGUAACUGGUACAUUUGCAUUUAUCAUGUAUACAGUGAUAAAAAAAAUGUAUGCAUAUAAACACCAUAGUCUGAGUAUGAUCUAAACUACGGUAAAACUUAUUAUGAGAAUACUAGUGUACAUGUAUGUUUAUCUGUGAUUUUUAGAGGUUUAGGUGGAUGGAUUUCAUUGCUUUUGGACAGAGUCAGGCCAGCCUUUCCCUCUGCUGCCACUCUUCAUGCUAAGCUAAGCUAACUAGCUGGCUGUAGCUUCAUAUUUACCACACAGAUAUGAGAGGAGUAUCACAUAUUCUCACCUUGCUCAGCAAAGAAAGUGAGUAAGUGGUUAUGGUUCAACAAAAUGCUGACUUAUUUAUUAAUUUGUGUCUUCUCUAUUGCUGCACUGGUGUGAUUUCAUGUUUUUUAGGUCUUUUGACUUUGAUCAAUGUUCUAAUAAAGGUUGAUGACACUUAAGCCUUUUGCUGCAACUUGCAAGAAUGACAAGGCCAUAGAAAAAAAAUCAAUAAUGAUAUAGUAGUUUAGCAAAACUGGCAACUUCAGCAGCUACAUUUCUAAAAGUGAAAAGAAGUUUACAUUUUCUGCUUUUUACAGUAAGAGACUUUUGCAUUGGGAUCCCUUUGUCUGAAUGCUUCCUCUCUCCCACUGUCUGUGUUCGUCUUGUGGUGCUGAGCUCACUAUGAAGGGCUUUGCUCUCCGUUGCAAUCUGAUCCGUCAAGAAAAAUUUUUACUGUAGGAAACUUCUGUUGGUGUCAAAAUUUGCUCUUCUCUCUCUUUGUGUUUUCUUUUCCUCUUUAUCUGUGUCAUUGUCCUGAUUUCCACAUGUUGUCUCGUGGCCCGUCUCGUCCUCUGUUUAUCUCCUCCUGCCUUGCUGCUGCUCCCUCCAAAACUCAAAGGCCUUUCUCAAAUGUCGUGCCUCUCUCCCCAUCGAGCCCAUCUCUACUUCCAAACCUUGCUGGAAGCUUUGCUGCUCUGUCCUGCUUUCUUUUUUCUCUUUGGUCCUUUAUCUCCUGAUACUGCAGUGUGUGUGUGUGUGUGUGUGUGUGUGUGUGUGUGUGUAUGUGGAAAGCCACUUUUUUUCAUGUGUUUUGCUAUACCAAGGAACUGAACUAUUUGAAGAGUUUGAUUCGUGUGAUAAAUUGAAAUUAAAAGCCAUGUGAAAAGAGUCAGCUCACCCAAAUUCCUAAAAAAAAAAAAAAAAAUCAUGUUUCAUAGCCAAGAUGAUAGUUUUGGUGUUAUGUGCCGAGAACUUGUUGAACAUUUGCGUUUUGAUAAGAGUCUACAGGCAUGCAGCUCCAUGAGGCUGUACUUGAGUUAAACCUAGAAUGCGGGACAUAAAUGCAUAUAAAUGAAGACUGUUGUUGUUACACAGUGCUGAUUAAGCCUAUCAGUAGCAGAUAAAUCUCUCCGUAUUUGCAGUCUAUUGGAGUUUUGUCUGGCUUCUGUGGCAACAUUCCUGCACAGGUGCACUGGUGGUGAUGUGAUUUACACUAAACAGUAAUUAUUAGUUUUCCAGAGCUAAGAAGGGGCCAUAGUGACAGUUCAUCCAAUAAAUCCAGUAGAUGUUUCACUAAAAUUACAAACAUGAAUAAAAUGGAAGGUCACUAAAUUCUGAAGAUUCAUUGCUCGCUGAAAUAUAAAUAUUUAGAUAUUUCAGUCUGGACCGAAGGAGUGGACUUUUGGUAUUUUUUCCUAUCUCCUUCUGCGUUCUUCAGCCACUUGACACGUUUUUUCAUUUGCUCGAGGAAAACACUUCUUCCCUUGGCAAGGUGGGCUUCAGUGUCACUUCAAUACAGCCACAUAGGCCUAUAUAGAAAUGUUCAGUAGAUCAAGUUAGAUUCAAUAAAAAAAUAUUUGGGCUCAACAACAAACAGAAACUAAAAAAGGAACGCAUCAGUUUGCAACUUCAAAUGAACAUACACUACCAGUCAAAAGUUUGGACACACCUUCUCAUUUAAUCUUUAUUUUCAUGACUAUUUACAUUGCAGAUUCUCACUGAAGGCAUCAAAACUGAAUGAACACAUAUGGAAUUAUGUAGUAAACAAAAAAAUGUGAAAUAAGUCAAAACAUGUUUUAUAUUUUAGAUUCUUCAAAAUAGCCACCCAUUGCUUUAAUUACUACUUUGCACACUCUUUGCUUUCUCUUGAUAAGCUUCAUGAAGUAGUCACCUGAAAUGGUUUACAGGCUUGUCAAGGUUAAGUUGUGGAAUGUCUUGCCUAAAUAAUCAUGAAAAAUAAAGAAAAAACUUUAAAUGAGAAGGUGUGUCCAAACUUUUGAUUGAUAGUGUAUGUUUUACCAACAAACUACACAGAGUUGGUAGAAUUAGAUUUUCUACAAUCAAAGUUUUUUUUUUUUUAAUUAUCAGUCUUAACUAUUGGAAUUGUCCGAACAUGUUAAGAAAAGGGAAAUCCUGCAGUCAAGGUGGGGAAAAAUUAUAUUAUGAAGCCAAUUUCAUGAAGUUUCCUCAACUUAAAUUUAAUUUCACUAUGCAGUUAAUUUACUGAUUUAGAUAAACCUUUCAAAUUAAAAACAUUAUUUUGAUGAAUUGGGUUGACAUAAUAAUGUCCCAUCAAUUUAAUAUUGGUUUUUUUUUGUUUGUUUUUCUUUGUGGUCUUGCAGCCAUGUACUCUGAAUGAUUUUUCAGAGGGCAGCUGCUGAGAGCAGUGAAUAGCAGGUAAUACUUUCCAUUACAACUGAAAAUGUGUCAAACACUCAGGCAGUUAAUAUCUAACGCUAAUCUUAAAUCUAUCAGCACUUUUUACGGAAACAUGGAAAGAGAUGAAGGCUUUUCAUUCUUACACUGCAAAGAUAUAAAGGUUUUCAUUAAGCAGUCUGCCGGUAAUGAUGCUUUUUGCAGCAUUGCAGCACCAUGUGCUCAGUGUUUGUCAAGACGUGUUGGUUAUUUUGGAUAAUCUUGUAUGGAAAGACACAAAGACUUUCAUUUUCUGGCACUGUACACAUCAUAAACAAACACUGAUUGACCUUCACUGUGCUGUCAGUAUGUGGCCAAAUAAAACUAAAACUAUUUGCAUUGUAAGGUGCCACUUGAGCUAAUAAAGAAAACUUUUUUUGUUCUGUUUUGUUUUUUUGUUUUGUUCUUUUGCAACUUGGGUGAAAAGACUCUUGAAAACCUCUUCUGAAUGGAAUUCUUGCUGCUACUCUGUCAGUGCUUCGGUGUUAAAAUGCAUUAGGUAAGCUGUAAAAUACAAAUCUGUAAUCUGUUCUCAUCUGCGUUCAUUCAGUCAUACAAAAGAAGUCCGUCAACACAAAAAUACUGUUUCAUUUUGCUGUCUUCUGGCCAGCAUUGAUGAUGUUCUGUUUCUCUUCUCUCCUCUAUUUGUAUGACUUCCUACAUGCAGCGAUUUCCUUUUAAACAGGAUAUUUUAAAUGACUAAAAUGGAGCUGUUUCAAGAUACAAAUCUGCUUUCCUGUGUUUGAUGCUUUAUCUCUGUCUUUCCCCUCCUCUAAACUCCACCACUUGUGCUGAACAAACUCACUAGACUUCACUGUUUCCAAACCGAAACCCUGCAUGUUUGUUACUGAAGCCCCUCUGUUGUGUGUGCUUUUCCCAUUUCGGUGUCCUUGGCUGUUCCUCUGUGGGGGUUAACAGAUGUGAUUCCCGGGUUAAAGGUGAUUGUAUCAUUCUCUAGUGUUGUCAGAAUUUUUGUGGACAGGUGUUCAUUAUGCUCAGAUCACCCCUAGGUCAUUGUGAAAGGGCAUGCUCGUGUUGAGAGGACUGUAUGUACUGCAAAAUGUUAAACAGCAGUGGUGGUCAAAUCUGCCACUGGGAAGGUUCCCAGGUAGAUUAAUCACAGAGUCACUGGGGAGAGAUUUAAACAGUGUGACUUUCAGAUGUGAAAACCUCUGCUGUUCAACAAGAUGUGGAAGUGUGUGUAAAAAAAAUAACAAAACAACAACAGUUACCUGUCCUGAUAUGAUUUAUUUUGAUAAGAAAAGGCUCAAGUGAAUGCAGUGUAAAGGUGGAUUCCUCUGGUGUCUCCAUAUUGAAUAAAGACUUUCAUUUGAACAGCU